AUGGUUGCGGUUCCCAAAAGUAAGGGAUGCCUCUCAUGUUUGAGCCGCAAGGUCAAGUGCGAUGAGACGCAUCCUCAAUGCCUGCGAUGCAUCAAGAGAGGCGUCCAAUGCCCGGGCUAUGAUCGCCGGUUCAAAUUCCAUGAUCAGACAUCUCGCCUGAGGGAGCGACACUGCCGUGAAUCUGCAAGUUCUUGCAGGAAUCUUGUACAGAGAGAAUACCACCAAAGAUUAUUACCUCGAGUUACGAUUGACGAGACCAUUGAGCCGGGUUUGAAUCAAGAAGCCCUAAAUAUUCAAACCAAGGAGCUAUUCCAUGGCUUCGUGAUGUACUAUUUGCCUGGGAUAUACUCCUCCUUCUGCUCGCGUGUCGAGGUUAAUUGGAUGGACUUUGUGCGGAAUAAUUGGCUCACAUUCCCUCCAGCACUGGUAUGGGCGAUUCGUGCACUGAAUGUUUUUCACAUGGCUGCCCAAAAGGGAAAUUCCGAGGAUCUACUAAACGCCCGACAAAUGUAUGGUCGAGCAAUAAGAGACUUUAUAUCUCUUCUGCAGUCGCAAUCCGCGCUGACGGAUGAGUCUCUGGCAACUGCAGUGCUUUUAGGAGGGUACGAGAUUUUGGAUGGGAGUUGCCCACAUUCUUGGGUUCUUCACUCGCGGGGCAUUCGCCAAAUCAUGUGCGCUCGUGGGCCAGAAGCGCAUAAGGCUGGCAUGGGCCGUACGCUAAUGCUUUCCUUUCGACCUUUUCUAGUCGCGGAGGCGUUUAUGCAUGGAGAGCCUUGUUUCUUAGGCCAGCCCGAGUGGACAUCGAUGGUAAACGACAUUGCUAGGACGGAAGACCGAAGAGGACAAAAUAGCCUACUGGGUCCAACAGUAGAUUACGCAUUUAACGAGAUCGCCAAGUGUCCUGGCUAUUACAUAGCCUCGCGGAGCAUCCUCACAUCCAGCGAUAUACCAGAUCCAUCGGCCUUGCAUGGUCUAACUGAGGGAAUGUCACGCGCUAAGGAGAAUUUACUUAGGCUU